UCAAGAAAGCAAUAAACCUUUCUUCAGAUAUUUCUCAUUCUUUUCAGUUUCUAACAUGGUAUCAGAGCUAUAAGCUCUUGGUUCUUUUCUCUUAUCAUCGCUGUCAGGUCUUUUGGAGUUGGAUUUUCAAUUCCAUUCCAGAUGUGAAACCUUGUCAUUGGAAUCUCUUCUCAUACAGAUUGGAUUGUUUAUCCUCGAUUCUCAGACCCUUUCUGAGGUAUUUUGUUGGUUUGUUAUUUCGAUCUUGGCAUCUAUUUCUCCAUAUUUUUAGAGUUUUUCGGUAUUGUGAGUUUACUGAUUCUAUGACGAGUUUUAAAAGGAUUGUAACUCAUCCUGCUACUGCUACGAUUGUCAACGAAGUGAUAGAACAACCUGAUGUCAACCUUGAAUUCCUAAAACAGGUGAUAUUAAAUCUUUUUAAUGCUCCUACUGCCUUAUCUACUGCUCCGGGUACCAAACCUUGGUAUUUCAAUUCUGGUUGUUGCAACCAUAUGUCUUCAAUUACUACUCAUUUAUCUUCAAUGUCACCUAAUAAUUCCUUUCUUGAUAUUUAUUCUACUGAUGGUUCCCCUAUGAAUGUUAGUCACAUUGGUAAUGUUUCUACAAAGUCAUUGACUUUACCAAAUGCCCUUUUAGUUCCAAAACUUAGUUAUAAUCUUCUAUCUGUCGGUCAAUUAUGCGAUCUUGGUCUUGAAGUAACAUUUUCUGCUCAUGGUUGUCGUGUGCAGGACCCACAGACAGGACAACUUCUUGGAACUGGUCGCAAGGGUACACUGCCACAACGAUCUUGUCCUUAUACUUCUGAACAAAAUGGGCGAGUCGAACGCAAACAUAGACACAUCCUUGAUUCUGUUCAUGCUUUGCUCAUAUCAUCCUCUUGUUCAGAGCGAUUUUGGGGUGAGGCUGCUCUUACAGCUGCUUAUCUUAUUAAUCGUAUUCCAUCAUCAGUCCUUAAUAACCAGUCUCCAUAUGAGCGUCUACAUGGUACAUCUGAUGAGCUCUACAAUGCCUCACCACAUGCUCCAACUAGUUCUAUAGAAGAUGAUCUGCCUGCUGAUAAUGCAUUAGAUAAUUUUGAGCCUUCUUCUACUUCCUCGUCUACAAAUGAGCUUGUUGUCCCAUCCUCGAGUCAUCCUACUCGGAUCAAAACGCGAUCUGAUGGUUCUGUGGAGUGUUAUAAGGCACACUUGGUUGCCAAGGGUUUUACACAGGAGUAUGGAAUCGACUAUGAAGAGACAUUUGCUCCAGUUGCUCGUCUUACAUCUGUGUGCAGUUUUCUUGCUAUCGCUGCUAUACGGAGAUGGAAAUUGUUUCAGAUGGAUGUGAAAAAUGCUUUUCUUAAUGGUGACCUAGAAGAAGAAGUUUAUAUAAAACCACCUACUGGGUUCCACCAUCCUCCAAACAAGGUAUGUCGAUUGCGCCGUGCAUUAUACGGGUUGAAGCAAUCCCCUCCAGCUUGGUAUGCAAAGUUUAGUGCUACUGUGAGUGAGUUUGGUUUUACUUCCAGUCCACAUGAUACAGCUUUGUUCAUUCGUAAGACUGCUCGGGGUAUGGUUCUUUUACUUCUUUAUGUUGAUGACAUGAUUAUUACUAGAGAUGAUGUCGCAGGUGUUGAGGAGUUAAAACAAUCUCUUAGUCAGAAAUUUGAGAUGAAAGAUCUUGGUGUUCUGAGCUACUUUUUGAGGCUUGAAGUGACCUCUUCAGAUGAUGGCUACCUGCUUUCUCAAGUAAAGUAUGCCUCCAAUCUUGUUUCUAAAGCUAAACUCAAUGAUGGAAAGAGUGUUUCUACACCUCUUGAACCUAAUGUCAAGCUUACACCUAUGGAUGGCUCUCCACUUUCUGAUCCUACUCGCUAUCGGCAAUUGGUUGGUAGUCUGGUUUAUCUUACUACGACACGCCCUGAUAUAACAUAUGCAGUUCACAUUGUUAGUCAGUUUAUGGCUGCUCCUCGCUCCACUCAUUAUGUAGCAGUACUUCGCAUUAUUCGCUAUGUUAAGGGAACAUUAUUUCAUGGACUCCAUUUUUUUGCCAACUCCUCCCCUAUGCUUCGCAGUUACUCUGAUGCUAAUUGGGCCGGUGAUCCUUCUGAUCGUAGAUCUACCACCGAUUAUUGUCUUUUCUUUGGUAAUUCUCUCAUCUCUUGGCGGAGUAAGAAACAAGCUAUUCCAUCUCGUUCUAGUACUGAAGCUGAGUAUAGAACUCUCGGGGAUACCACAUCAGAACUUCUUUCAUUGCGGUGGCUUCUUGAAGAUAUGGGCAUUCCUCAACCUUCCUCUACUGAUUUAUAUUGUGAUAAUCAAAGUGCUAUAAAGAUUGCUCAUAAUGAUGUCUUUCAUGAACGCACUAAACACAUUGAGGUUGAUUGUCACUUUAUUCGCCAUCAUGUUGCACAAGGAACUGUUCAUUUGGUUUUCAUUGGCUCCGCUGAUCAACCAGCAGAUCUCUUUACCAAGGCUCAUUUUCCUAGACGCUUUCGUACUCUUCUUUCCAAACUCAAGUUGAUUUCAUCUCAACCACCUUGAGUUUGAGGGGGAUGUUAAGAUGUGAACAUAAUUAUAUUUAGAAUUAUUGUAAAUAUUUUAUACUUUAGAAUAUUCUCUUUAUAUAUUUUAUAUCUUAGAAUAUUCUCUUUGUAAACACCUAUAUAUAGGUCAUUGUACAUACAGUAUAAUUCAAGAAAGCAAUAAACCUUUCUUCAGAUA